AUGUUUCAAGCGGCAUUUUUGUUGGCUUUCUUUGGCUUCUUGAGGGUUGGAGAAUUCACGGUUCAGAGUCAGAGUGAUGAUGGGAGGAAGAUAUUGGCUAUAGAUGAUAUCCAAUGGGGUCAGGAAGAAAAUUCACAAUUCAUGUUGAAAGAUGUCAGUGCACUGUGUACAUGUGUAGAACAUGUUACUUCCGGGAACUCUCAUUUUUUUAUUGCAGAGGGGACUGGAAACUGGAUCUGGAUUGUAGGGGAUAGCCUGGUCAGAAGAGCAAAAGAACGAGCUUCACAACGCAACUAUCAGCAAUUUGGAGAGCGAGGUAUCGUGGUCCGCUGGCAUGGGCAAGGCGGCACCACGCUCCAGGAUCUCCCCAGGAUGGUCUCUAACCGGCUGAGAUGCGGCACUUCUCCUGCAUUAGCUAUUGUCCACUUAGGAUCAAAUGACAUCGGACAGUAUGAUGUCUGCCGGUGCAGGAUGGCAAUUGACACAGCCAUCCAAGAUCUACGCACGAGAAUGCCGCACACCCAUAUCACCUGGUCUGGUAUGUUACCGCGGCUCUUCUACUAUGGUCGCAAGCAAGGCUCUAAUUCACAGGAGGCCUUGGAUGGAGUUCGUAAGUCUCUUAACAAAUACGCUAGGAGGAAACUAGCCAGGAUGUCGGAUACCACCAUCAUCAAACAUGAAUUUGACCCCACAAUCCACAGCCUCUUCAAUAGAGAUAGAGUGCACCUCUCUGAUUCGGGUUCAGACAUUCUCAUUGACAGUUUCAGAACUGCAGCAAGGGAAGCAGGAUUUGUUUAGAUAUGGAGAGGAGACGAGCUUGAGAAACAUUUUGAGAACUCGAGGCUUCUGGCAAGGUUUUUUUUCUUUUGUAAUGUAUCUUAGUGUUAUUACGUUUAUUGUUUCUAGUCGUUUAUGUACAUACUUCAUUUUACGGGCUUUGUGAAGGGCACCGUCAACAGUACUACCUUGCUAUUAUCAAUAAUGAUAUGCACGUGUCUGGAUUGAGGAUAAUAACACUUGGAAGUAAAAAGAAAGAAAGAACAACUGAAUAGAAUGAAUAGAUAGACGAACAAUUCUUUUUUAUUCUUCAUAUUUUAGGGGUGAGAAGCAGGGACUGCACGGGAGAGUGUAUAGGUCAAUUAUGACAAACCAGUUCUUUCGAAUGAAUCAGCUUGGUAAAGCCUGUUUAUUGUAGUUGUACAAUACAUUAUUUACUCUUGGAAUUGCUUAGUUGAUCAGAAAUCGCAAGACGGGGCUGUCCCUGUGGUGACGUGCAUAAAUUUGAGAACCGAAAACGAACUGGGAAAGAAAGGACGAUAAUUAAGACAGGAGAGCAAAAUAUACUGUUUUGUUUAUACUCUUUGAAAGGAUACUGAUGGUCUUUGGAAGGUUUUGCUGUAAGGGCUACAUGAUAAUGUUUGUAAAUGGUGUGUAAUGCCUUAUCCAGGCCAUUGUGCUCAGUAUCCUCCAUCUUAUAUGCAUUUAGUUCUGAGAUGAUUAUAU